AUGACGGAUGAAAACCCUAAUACGCUACUCACAGCGAGGAAACAAAAGACACCCCCUACUGAUAAGUUCCAAAGUCGACCUCCGGCGCUGCUUUCUCUCGUUCACUUGCUCCGACAACAUCUUUCACAUUCCAAGGGCACAACAAUGCAUUCGUUUGGGUACAGAGCCAAUGCCUUGCUCACCUUCGCCAUCACUAUUCUCGCACUAAUGUGUGCCAUGGCCUCUUUCUCUGACAACUUCAAUACGCCGUCUCCCACUUCACAAGUCCAAGUGUUGAACAUUAAUUGGUUCCAGAAGAAACCGGAUGGUGAUGAUGAGGUGAGCUUGACACUGAACAUAUCAGCAAACUUAGAUUCGCUAUUUACGUGGAAUACAAAGCAGGUCUUUGUAUUUUUGGCUGCUGAAUAUGAAACUUCUACAAAUGUGCUUAAUCAGGUAUCGUUGUGGGAUGGUAUUAUACCUUCCAAAGAGCAUGCUAAUUUCUGGAUUCACACAACUAACAAGUAUCGUUUUAUUGAUCAAGGAAGCAAUCUAAGGGGCAAAGACUUUAACUUAACACUGCAUUGGCAUGUGAUGCCUAAGACGGGCAAGAUGUUUGCCGACAAAAUAGUCAUGAGUGGCUACCGUUUGCCACAGGAAUAUAGAUGA